AUGAUAGUCGCACGGCAAUACACCUUCAUCCUGGCUGUGACUCUGUGUUCCGGAUCGUUUGGGGUGAGGCGCAGCACUUCUGAGAUCAGCUUUUCUGAAGGGCGCCUGAUUAUGAAUAGGUAUUUCCUUGGGCCAAAGUUCGGCUUGCCCUUACAGUACUUGGAGAAUGCGGUUGAAUUCGACGGCUUCAUCUCUCUGGACGGCGAAAAGACACCAAAAACGCAUUUCCCAGUAGACUUUUGGCGCAGUACAGGGUACAACUUGCUGCCGUUGCGCCCGUCGAGUUCGCAAGCCGCCACACGGUGGGUUUUCAAGCAUCAAACAUCCGCAAGAAUAAUCGACGACGAGCUCUUCAUCUACCGUCAUUACCACAUUAGGGGUCCACCUUGCUCCCAAGUCGACUUCGUCAGAACUGUCGACAGCUAA